AUGGCGUCUAUGAACAACUACCAGGUUGAUUGUGGAUCGAGGUCGGCUCGCAUUCGACCCAGGAGUAAUAACAGCGUUCACCAGGAAGAAUCACCAUUUGAGGUCUUGGAACUCUCGGAAGAGGAAUUUGAGCUGGAUUUUCAUAGAUUAAAGUCAUUCAAUGAUGUACGGGUCAUCAAUAACCCAGAACUAUCGCCGGAAUGCACAAAUACUGCCAUUAGUCGCAAUGAGACGCUGGAGUCUGCAAGUAGUGCCUUCGAAGUUCCUUCUGACGAGAUUGCUAUACUGUCGAUAUCUAGCGACAGUAGUAAAAACUCUCCACCGUCAGAACAACCAGUCCCCGCUCUUCGUAACAUCCAAUCGUCUACUAACUCUGACAGAAUCGAUGAGUGGUGUUUGGGUAGCCACUUAUUUAACGGGCUGCGUCAGAAUGCCCCCCAAUUAAGUGAUAGUACCAAUCAUGGAUUCCCCGUUUCCUCCCUCAAGGAAAGGGAACUUUAUACCUCUGCGAAGUUAAAGAAACUCACGAGUGCCCAGCGAAUUGCCGUGCAGCGGUUAUCAAGAGACUUGUAUCCAAUACUGAGGACCUGCUAUCGCGAGAAAACCCGCCGGCAAUUAUUAACAUGUCGUCAUGAAAGAAUAUACGACGAUAUACCAUCUUUUUUCCCGCAGCGUGACUUCAUUUUCAACUACUACUCGUUACCUUUCGAAUUCGAUAGAUUUUCGGACGUCGAUAUAGAAUCAUCAUCGCCUUCACGGUUUGCAGAUGACAAUACAGGAGAAUCGUCAAACCGCUCACCAAGCGCAGCAUCUUCGUCGUUGGAAAACACAUCAUGGUUCGGCUGGACUUUACUUUCUAGGUUCUUGGACAGAGAAUGGUAA